AAUUGUCUUAUGAGAGGUUUCGCUGUAUCUGCUACGAGCACGUUAUUGAACAAUUGCAAUUAAACUAUAAAUAAUUCGACAUGAAGAAUAAAACGAAGAAACGAAAUAUUGAUGAGGUUGUUGGAGAUGAAGAGUUGAAAAAUUUAAACGAAAGCGGACAUAAAAAGAAACAAAUGAAAAAGCAACAUUCAAGUAAUGUACAUUUGAAUAAAAAUGUAAAAUCUAAUUUGACAAAAAUUUCUCCAACUGACAAUACAUCAGUAUUUGAAAAAUCAAAGAAAAAGAAGAAUCUUAACAAUAGUGAGAAAUUAAAUGUAGAACAAUCUUCUGUAAUUUCUGGUGAAGACGAUAUUAAUGUUAAUGAAAAUAAUAUAAACGAAGAAAUGAAAGGAAAAUCUAAAGAUUCAAAAGCAAAAGAAGCAAAACGUGAAAAAAGAAAACAAUCUAGAAAAGAACAUGGUCAGUAUAAAGUGUCAGAUACUGUAUCAAUUGAUGUUCUAAAACAAAAAAUUGCCGAAAUUGAAAGUCGAGAAAAUAUAAGUAAAACUGCAAAAAGAAAGUUACGUGUAUUUAAAAAAAAGUUAUCCAUUGCUCAAGAAACUCCAUCUUCUUCAUCAUCUGAAAUUCCAAAGCUUACAAAAGCUCAAAAAAAGAAAUUGAAACAAGAAAAAUCUAAUUUAGAAACUACAAAUGAAUCACAGCUUGAACAUAAAGAAUCUAUUGAAAAAAAUAAUAUGAAGAAAAAAAUUGAAACUACAGUUGAAAGUAAGAAUGUGAAAACUCAAAUAAAUGAUGCAAAAUCAUUAAAUAAGCCAUUAAAAUCAGAGAAUAAAAAAACAUUAAAGACUGUACAGAAUAGUAAAAUGUUGAUUGAAAAUGAAGUAGACUCUUCUGAGGAAAACAAUAGUGAUAGUAAAAAUGUUGAAAAUGAAAGUGAAGAUGAUAGUUCAGAAGAAUCUAGUCAGUUAAUGGAAGAGGAGGAAAAUGUUGAAAUGAAUGAUAGUAAUGCAACUGACGAGGAAAAUGAUAAUAGUGAAGAAGACGAACAAGAAAUGAAAGAGCUUGAAAUUGAAACCACUAAUGAUACAGAAAAUGAUAUUAAAAAAUCAAUUCAAAAACCAACUAAACCAAAGCAACAGAAAAAUCAAAAUGUUAAAAAAAUGUCGAAUCAAGAAAAUACAGAAAAGAAAAAAAGAUAUGUCUUAUUCGUUGGAAAUAUUCCAUUUCAAGCAACUGUAGAAGACAUAAAAAAACAUUUUCUACAAAAGGUUAAUGAAGUUAUUAGUGUCCGUAUUCCAACAAUUAAAGGAUCAAAAAAACCACGUGGUUUUGCUUACGUGGAAGUUACAAAUAGCGUAGACUAUGAGAAAGCACUGUCUCUACAUCAUACAAACAUUCAAGGCUUCAAAAUAAAAGUGGAAUAUACUCAAACAGGAUCAAAAAAUAUUAAAAAUAAACAAGAAGUUGUGGCAAAAAAUCAAAAGUUACAUGCUCUUCGCAAAGCGGGAAAAUUAGCAGGAAGUAAGAAGUUGAAAAAUCAACGUAACUUUAGACGAAAACUUAAAAACAGUCACAGUUCUGAAAUAAAGGAUAAAACUAAUUAGCAACCUUUAUAUAAGUUUAUAAUUUUGUAAUUUUAUAUAUAAUCAUAUAUAUAAAUGUAUAUAAUUGUAAAUUUCCAUAAAUCUGCCUUAUGCCAUAAAAAGAUCAUUUAUCACAA